AUGUACAAGCGGCCGCCAGAGAUAACAGAAGGCACUCGUUCAGCAUAACAAUGACUAAGCAUGUUGCUUCAUGUUUUACGAUCUUUGGCCUUGAAGUGUGAGAGGAAAAAAAGGAAGAAGAAACGAACAAAACCUCCAACCACACAUCAGCUACCACCCGGAUCGACUGGCCUUGAACAUAAAAGCCAUCUCUGGUCUACGUUCAGUCAGCCGCUUCUGCUAAACUGUGUUUUGACUGGUUCCCGAAGGAGUCAUUUGGUUUAAUGUGUAGCGUGAAAAACCAAUGAGCAGGUAUUAAUCGAGAAACUGGUUGGACUAGCAUUUAGUUAUCAGUCGCGACACGUCCGUGCAGCAGUUGGCAGUACUUCACCCAGAGCCCAGAGAGAAAACACCCAUAACCAUGAGUACGUACACGGACUAUGACGAAGCGUCAAAGACAUACGACGUUUGCAGACGAGCCACCAACAUGGACCUCCUUGUUGCCAUGACGACGCAUCUCACGGGAAAACCUUUGAAGAAGCUGUCUGUGCUAGACGCUGGGUGUGGCACGGGGAACUACGCCCUGGGGCUGCUCGAUGCUGGUGCCGGUCACGUGACGAUGAUGGACGGCUCGGAUGGCAUGCUUCAAACCGCUCGCAAGAAGACGGUCAACUACCAAAACAACACCGAUUAUCGGCUGGGGAAACUGCCGCAGAUUCCGUUUCCAGACGACAGCUUUGACGUCGUCAUGUUCAACCAGGUUCUACAUCACCUUGACGACAAGGAUAAACACAACAAUCGUUUCCCGGCUGUUCGAGAAGCUUUGGCAGAAGCCAUCCGGGUCCUUAAAAAAGGGGGCGUGGUCAUCAUCGACAUAAGCACUUAUGAGCAGAAUAAAUACGGAUUUUGGUACAUCUCACUGUUGGGUAUUGCUGACGGAUUUCUGAAGCGCACACCGCCAUUGUCCCUGAUCCGCGAAGUACUCCAAGAUGGCGGGUGCAGUGACGUACAGCUGUACGUGCAGUUGGAACGCGUCAUGAUGGAUUACGCCAUGUACUCCAACAUUGUGGGGGCGCUCGAUCCUUCCUGGCAAAGGACAGACUCAAGUUUUUCUGAAGCAAGCCCAGAAGAGAUCGCUGAGUUCUGCAAGAAGAUCACCACAAUGAAAAACGAGAACACCUUAAAGGAGUACUUUGAGCAGUGUGAGAAGACGCGACUCAAAGUAGGUCAGGCGACCACCAUCUUCGCUCGCAAGUAGAUGUCAGUAAUGUGACGUCAUCAUCGCGAAGCAGACGUCAGCAGUGUUACGUCAUCAUCGCGCAAAACCACAGCACUAGUUUCCUUAUUACACACGCAUUUGGAGAGAAAAGUUAAAGUUUGUUUUUGUUUAACAACACCACUAGAGCACAUUGAUUUAUUGAUCAUCGGCUAUUGGAUGUCAAACAUUUGGUAUUUUUUGACAUAUAGUCUUAAAGAGGAAACCCACU